CUGAAGAUUGAGGUUUUGCGGUUGUUGUCAUAUUUAUGUGUGCUGAGCUUUGAAAGCGACUAACGACGUGCUUAGAUACAUUUUCCAAUGGAUUGGCAUACUGAAAACGUCGUGCAAUGGUUGAAGACGAUAGGUCUUUCGAAGUACGCCAAGAGAUUUAAAGGUAAGCGAUUGUUAUUUCGAUUUGUAACUGAGAUCCUCACCAGCACCUUGUUCUCACAUUCUAAAUCAUAAACUUUGCUUUGAAGUACUGUAUCAAAACGGAAACUUAAAUGACGAAAUCGGUGGGUAGUUACAUUACGCAAAAAUCAGCAGAUUCUGAAGUGAAAAUUAAGUGAUCUUGGGAGACGGUUUUAAGAAAACUAUUCAGGUAAACAGUUCUAUAUUGACUGUUGCAUACUAAUCCGGCUAAUGCAGAAGUUUUCCUCUCUCCCGCACUUUUUACCAAUUAUAUUUGUUCGUUGUUUAAGGACAAACUGAGAGAGUGUUUCGUCUUUAUUCUUUUAGGAUAUCAUGUGAGCGGAGCUGUCUUAAUGCAAAUGGACGAAACAUUGCUCGGUGCGUUCAACUUAUCAGUGUUUAUAUCUGUUUAUGAUCUCUUUACCAAAUUUUUAACCUGUGCCCAUACUUGACUAAAGUGACAUGAACGAUCAUGACUUCAACAAACUUCAACGUACUUUCAUCGUUGCCGUGGCAGCUUACAACGUUGACAGCCAUAAAGCCAGCUAUGCAGUUCUGCUCGAUAAACAACUGACCGGCACAACAGAAACCGCAGCUUAAGAGUCUGUUAAACUGAAACGAUAGUUUUAAACAUGCGAACACUCUUUGAUGGACGGGAGUAUCCAGCUGAGUCCAAAUGAAAUGACAGUUUUAAACAUAUGACUCUAUAAAUCUGAGGAAACUGUGUAGAAACGCCACACGUUAAGUUCCGAUCCACAUCAUUGGUACCCACCCACGGCACUGAAAUGUUCGUAGAACAUGUAGACUAUCAUUUUGUGGUAAAUAUUAAAGCUUCCGUUUAAUUAGACCUUUUUAAUCCCUGACAGACAGGGCAUACGUCUAUUAUAAUUCGGGCUUAAUUAGCUAAAUGUUUUACAGAAAAGUUAUAAAACGCGACAACGUUAAAAACGUGUUUUCAUAAGUUCAUCUAAUUUCUUAAUUAUUAGUCUACUCUCAUUGUUUUCUUUCUCUCUAUUGGUAAAAAAAGGGAUGGGAUUUAACAAUGGCUUAACAAUGUAUUCCAGUGAACCAGUCAAAGUCCAUUAUGAUUGUUAUCUUCGUUUUUAUCUCCAUUACAAUUCGCUUGGCCAAAACAUCAAUUAGCGACUUGAUGCAAAUCUUUGAAGUCACGAGAGGUUUUGAAAAGCCAGUUAAGAAUUGGUAUCUGUAAUCUUGUUCAUCAAUAAACUGAAUAAAAGAUAUUUUGUUGAUCAUUUUACGCACUGGGUAAAUAAGAACAAAUGUAACCUCACUGAACAAAAAUAUUUUACUUUGAAGUAUGUAACAGGAAGUUUAAUUAAACUUUAAAAACGUAGUUCGCAAUUAUGCUUCAAAAGUGCAGUAAGUCAUAAAUAAACGCGAUGAAUAAAAAAUAUAAAUAAUAAAUGACUCUUCGUUUGGACAUAUUACCAACAAUCACUUCGGUAUCAAAUGUAUUGACAUAUACAACUUAAGUUGACCUAAGCUGAUAAUUGUAAACGCUAGCAGCUUUACGCCUUUUUUUCUUCGAAAAAUAUUUACAACUUUGUUUGAAGGAAGAGGCCAUUUCAGAACUUGAGAAAAUAGUUCAUUGUUCAUCUCUGUGUUAUCUAUGGAGAUAUUACACCACGAUCCGUUGCCAGGUAACACUAGACUUUUACUCGUUUAGAAUUUUUUAAUUGAGAUAAGGCGAAAUGUGUUAAGAAAGUAUAUAGCUGUAAAGGUCUUUUUUCGCUUUCCUAUUUUUAGAUGACCUAGAAGUUACAAAUGUUGAUGACAGACAAAAACUUCUGCAAGAAACAGCGAAGUUGUCCCCUCCAGUAAACAAUAACCCACAGUUUUUAUCAACGGAGGGAGCAAAAAGGACUUAUAUUAGAAACAAUCAAGUUUUACAAACUCCCGUUAUAACUGUCAGCGAUUUUGAUGAUGACGACUACGAAGGAGAAAAACUAAAUCCUAUUUCAGACGAGGAAUCAACGUACAGUUCGCGGACAAGUUUGAAUGGAGAGUUAUUAAAUCAGAGGAUUUUAAAUGUGGCUUACAGCGGAGACGAGUCUACAACAACGGACGAUGGCUCAGAAAGGGACUUUAGUUUUAAGGAUAGUGAUGAGGAACAUGAUUUUGGUGAGUAAAAAAAUUUUAAGUUUUACAAGUCAAUAAGUCAAGAGCUGUUGGCCCUGGUUCAAGGACUUAACACAAAGUAAAUGUUGAUUUGUGAAUGUUUUUCGCUAAGGAGGGAAUGAAACGAAACCGAGUUAUGAUUGACACAUAGAACGUUUUCGUCGUCCACACAGAGUACCGAUAUCACAUAGUGACAUAUCACCUGGCACAUCACAUGACAUCUCACGUGGUCAUUUGUUCGGCUACACAAUGGUUUUUAUAUGUUCAAACUCACCCUUUACUUUCAUCUGCUGCGCAGAAUGGUUUUGAUUUUUUUCUGUUAAUUUUGAAAGCUUAGAAAAAACAUGAAACUUAGUACUUGACUUAACCAAACAAGUCCAGUUUGCGAUAUCAAAACUGCAGUUUUUUAGUUAAAAAAAUGGAAAGAGGACCUAAAACGCUCUAGCUCCAGAAACUUUAAGAAAAAGCCCACCAAUCGUCAGGACCUGACAAGCGACAACCCAGUUAACCAAUCAGAAAAUUGAAGCAAAAUAUAUCCUCUCUUUUAAAUUAGCAACCACUCGCAUUACAGUUUAGAGAACAGGAACCAUGCAAACAAUACCAAGGCUGGGUGGGGUGGGUGGGGGUUUAAUGUGAGACUGGUACAAAACAAGAGUAAAAUGCAAUUGCAACUUUUGCUAAGAUAACGGAAAGGAGAGGAAAUACCGGGGAGCCCGCAUUUAGUACAGUGGAUACCAGAACAGUAAAUUGAUGCGUAAAGAAGACAGCGGAAAAAACACUAAGACACUAAGCCACUGUCGAUUGAAACAAUUUCGUGACAAUGGAGCAAAGAUUCAGUCGUCAACUUUAUGUUAUCAGGUUUUUAGUAAUGAAAAUGAUAAUUUCUUAAGUAUCUUAUUUCUCCUUUUAUAGACAUUUAUGAUGAAGACAAGGACCUAGGAAGUGAUUUCUCACCCACUGCGCAUGCGUCCGAAGUAGCUACCAGAGCGACACAAAUGGUAGCAUUAUUAUCCCGCGAUAACUUAGCUCUGAGACAAAAGUUGGAAAGUGUAUACACCAAAAUGAAUAACGUACAAAUGGUAUGAAACCAAUUUAGUGUUUUUAACAAUCAUCAUAAGUCAAUAAAAUACUUUGAUUCAUCGUGUAUGUUUUGAAAGCAAAAAAUCAAAGACGAAAAAAUUGAUAUUAAAUUGUGCGGCGGAGAGACCGGCGGAGACGGACUUCGAACUUCGAAACCUAUGUAGUUCUCCGAAUGGUGUGGAACAAGCAAGACAGAUAAUUUGAUUUAGGAGUUAUAUAAUGCGUUUACUCAAUAGCACGUCUAUCACAGCUCUCAAUGCGUUAACACUGUGAAGAGCUAGUAGGCUAAAAACGCAGAUCCUUAAAAUAUUUUGCAGGUUGAAUGUGAGUUAGAGGGCAUGCGCGCUGCAUACGACGAACUACAAAUAUCGAGUCGAAGAAGAGAGAAUCUGGAGUGGAGCGCAAGAAGGAGAAUGGAGACUGAAAUAGAGAGAUUACAGGAUAAUAACGGACAGUUAGAAGGUAAGAAGGUUUUGAGCUUGAAACGAAAUGUGUACGGCUUUUUCCAGGGUGUUAUAAUUAAGAUAGUAUUGCCUUAUUAAAGUACAACAUAAGCCUUGGACAAAUAAUGGUUUGGCGCAAGAGCCAUAUUGGGAUUAUGGCUCUUGUUUGGCGCUAUGACUAAUUAAAAUAUUUAAAUUCUUUUUGGCUAUGAAAUACAUAAGAAUUUGAUACUUAUUUGAGGGAAAAGAAAUACCAAAAGAGAGGGUUUUCCUCUUAAAUGCUCAUUCUUAACAACAGCAGGAAAAUAUUAAUCCUGAGUAAAUCACUGACAUCGCGUAAAUAUAGUGAUUGUUAUGAAUUUGCGAGGAAAAUUACUCCCUCCCACGCCAGCAGACAGAAAUGAGGUCUACAAUAAAUAUAGUGCUUGUUAUGAAAUAGCGAGGAAAAUUACCCCCUCCCACGCCAGCAGACAGAAAUGAGGUCUACAAUAGUAAGCGAAAUUCUGUGGGCGGGAAAGUCUGAGAUUUCAAUGUCCCUGACUGUCGCCAAAGGCCUCUUUGUACUUAACUAUCAUAUGGGGAACGUUAUUUAGGGAAUACUUAAAAGAAAUGCCACAAUUUUAGGCAGCAUCCAGGUGUUAAAUUUGGAAAGGUAAAAAGUGAGGCGAUAAAACUUUUUAUUUUUGAUGAUCCAACUUUUUCGAAGCGGAAAAGGCAUGAAAAGAGACGCAAUCGAAAAUGAAAGGUGUGAAUGAGUACACUAAAAGGCUAAGGUUGCUCUGAUAUAAUUUUAAAAGUUGAUACUUCGACAAGGAGUGAAAGUAUGAAAAAACUGAUAAGGGUAAAAAAUAAGGGUGUUUGACGAGACAUAGCUGCAUGGUUGCCUUGUUUCACCAAGAUACCGUUUCCUGAGGGGCCAGGAACCUCAUCGAUGAUUCUUACGGGUUUUUUUUUUUACAUCAAAUGUUUUGGCUGGCUUUCAAAAACAUAUUUUUAGAAAAAACGGCGUCGUCUAUUCGCAGUUGGAUGGAGAGGAAAUAAAAGUUUGCCGUAAAGCUAUUAAGACAAUAUCAUUUAAAAUGCGCAAUACUUUUAAGGAUCUGUUUAAAACGAUAUUCUGAACAACAAGGCGACGGCUUGACGUUUAUUUCGACACUGAUAUCACGUUUAAAGGGUGAUUCUGUCAUGAAAACUGUUUAACAACAGCAUUAUAAAAUGAUAGCUUAAUAACUAUAAGAUUAAUUUUAAUCUAUGAUACUGUGAAAAAAUACCCAACAAACUGCCCAUCAUUUUCAAGUGACGGUGCACAGCGUCGAAUUUUGCUUCCCUUGUUACCAAGAAAUAUUGCAAAACUAAAAACCACCUACUAUACAGCUCAAUGAGAUAAAAGGAUUGUGGUAAAAUAUAACAAAUAUAACGCGUCGCCGAGAAGAAAGUUCAAGGUAGUAAAGCUGAAGGUGUAUUACCCAUAAAAAAAUCAUCUUGAUGAAUAUUUUUAAUUUAUCCCCAAGUUUGUCUAUGAUAAAAUCUUGAACAUGAAAAACGUUGACAUAACAGAGUUGAUUUCUUUCUAAAAAAAGGAACAAUGGCCAGUUUCUAGGACGUGAAUCUAAAUUCUACAACUGAACUGACGCGGGUGUUAGGUAAUAUUGAUAGAAACGUGAUAGUGGCAUAGUUGUCACAUGAGAUCGGGUAAAUCACUCCUUUUGGAAACAGAAAAAAAAUGGAUUUAUUUAAAAAGAGUAAGACAAAUGUCAAAAGGCAGUAAGACUAAUUCGAAACAUGAGCAAGGUAAUAAAGGUCGGUAAUGAAUGGUUUUGACGAGAAAGGUGGUAUUAUUUUUGCCGCGGAUUUCGCGGUGUCAGUGACGAUGAGCUUUCUUUAACGAAAAGAGAAUAUGGUAGCAACUAAUUGGUGUAGCAAUAUUAGAACUAUAUUAAUAAUCAAUACUGGCUUUGUUCCUACGCAUAAUAUUUUUAGAUGAGCUACAGAAAUGCAAGGAUGAAAAACAGCAAGAGAAGGUGUGUUUUUUUUUUGUCAUAUUGGGUCAGCAACAGCAUGUUUCUAAGAAGUCACUGGGUUACAAUUGUCGCUUCAGAGUUUUUCUGAGCAUCGAAAUAACCUCGAUUAUUCAGACAAAUAAUUUAGGAAAUGUUAUAACUCGGUGUCAAAACUCUUAAAGUAGCAGGAGAAACGGUAACUAAGGCUGAUUAACUGCGUAGUUGUGUGGAACUGUCUCCCUUAAUUCCUCACGUUUCACGAUGGCAGCCAACGACGGACUCAGUUUCUUUUCAAGAUACGUCUCGAUCUCCCACACGUUAUGUUUACUGCAGGUAAAGCCAUAAUGAGUUAUAAAUCCUUUGUCAGGGUCUCUUUGAUAUAGUUAUGUCUUUUGUUAUAGCAACACACAACGUUGGGUCGGUUGGACGACAACUUGAGGACAGGGUGCCACAGGCCACCCAAACUCUGACUGUCAGCCUAAGUAGCAUGCGUGCUUGUUAAAAAACAUUCUUAAUUUCCUUCCAUGGUUUCUUAUGCACUGCGUGUAUUUUUAUCUCUGCAGAAAUCGAUUGAAAAGUGCAGACGCGAUCUACAACUAAAGAAUAAUGUUAUACGACAGCUUAUCGUUCAAAGUAGGCACAAAAUGUUUUCAUUAUCUUCUUUUAUUCUUUAGAACGAUUUAAUUUCAUUGCCCAAACUUCGUUUCCAUUUUACUUCUCAAUACCACCCAUAACAUCUACAAUCGUCCUUUCCUUUUAAUUAUGGUGUUGUAUUUUAAUAGGUGAUAGUUUUGCAAAAACGCGAGAAGAGUUAGAAAACACAAUAAACCAGCAAAGAAGACAAAUAGAAGAACUUUUGAAAGACAAAGAACAACUCCACUCAUCGCUCGUACAAAGCCGAGAAAGGAUAACAUAUCUCGAAAAGGAGGUAAAGAAGUAGUAACGGUAAAAAAGCAAAACAAAACAAAAACAAACACAAACAGGCUGAAUAUCUUAAACGCACAACAAGGAAACUCGAUUACAAGUGAGGAUUUUAACCUGGUCUUCUGCUUUCAAGGCAAAAAUUAUUCCCAACACUAUAGUAUAAUUUAACAGCAAAUCACGAACUCGUAUAUUUAGGCUCAAAUUUAGGCACAUAUCACCAACUCGUUACCAGGGUCUUUUGUUCGUCAACCUUACUACGUCAUGACGUAGAUGAUGAGAGGAUUACCCUAGGAACGAGUUUGUUCAAAUCCGCUAAUUCUUUGUGACUUGGCCCCUGCAAACAAAUGUCUCUUGUUCUUUGACAGCUCUACCCAAAUCACGUGAUUUCGUCAAGAAAGGCACGUGCGCAAGAGGUCGCGCAAUCAGACUCCGCAACAACAUACACGAGUUCAACUACAGAUGGUGACAAGACCCAACGACGACAUUCUAACUCAGCUGAUGAAGGCAUAGCCGAAUUAGACGGACCUACAACUGUCCCGGGUUUGCUGGAACUGUUAAAGGAAAAAGAUGAGAGGAUAGAAGAGUUAGGGGAUCAGUUGUUACGGGUCAGUAAUCCCUCCUCGGCACUUCUCCUCCGAUGCAUUUGUUCCGGAGUUAAACUUGCAUGAGCAGUAAAACUCAAGUUUGUCUCCCGCUAAGCAUUCAGCGUUCAGCGAGUCAUUUAGGCGGGAAAUUUAUUCAGGAUUUCAGAAGUCGGUGAACAUCUCUGUAGUUGUUACGGUUACAGCCUUUCAAAUUUUUUGACGUUCCCAUGGUUAUGUCGCAAGUAAAUUUAUCUCGGGAGGAAGAGGAAGCGAUCAUUAGCGCAGCCAUAGUUUUCUCCGCCGAUUAAAACACCCCUUAUCCUGAAGAAAAAAAGGCUCAAUGUAGCCGAAACUGUAGGCUAAGUAGCGCUUGUCCAGCUUAACUAAUAAUGGUUCACCAUUUGUCCAUUUUUUUUUUAGCUGGAACUAACGUUACAACAGGAAGGUACAUCAAGGAAUUUGGCCAUCAGAGCUGUCGCGAUGCCAAAGUAUGGUUUUUUUGGUUCAUUACUCAUAAUUUUUGUAACAUGCAUGUUUAAAACGGAAACGGAAGUCCUCUUUCAAGUCUGUUCUAGCCAGUAGCUGCUGUUUCUUGGUACAUGUAGUUCCUUCAUCUCCUCGGGUUUACAAAAAACAAACAAACCCCGUCUGCAGAAGGCUUGGAGCCAAAGAGCAUUCCGUGUUUAACUUGUUAUAGUUGCUUUUCGCCGCUGCUACUACAUUAUAUGGUACUAAAUGAUAUGAUAACCGAGGCCAUACAAACAAAACUUAGAUGAAUAAAGUAAUCACUUAGUUAAUGAUUUAUUAAUUUAUUUAUCUAGGGAAGCUCGAAUAGCAGCGUUAGAAAAUUCCAUACAAGAGAGUGAAAAAAUCAUCGCCGAGUGUCGAGGACAAAACUUGAAAUCCAUCGAAGAACUGUAUGUUGCAAAUAGAAGAUGCGCAGAUUUAGAGGCCAUGUAAGUUUCUGCCUUUGCGUUACCCUAACUGCCACAACUUACUUUAUUCACUCACUUAAUCACGAUUCUGCUUUCUUUAUAGAAUCAAAUCGCUUCACUCACAACUGUCAGAGAAGUCAGCCAAGAUUCGUCUUCUUCAGAAUAACAACGAAGAACUCGAAAACGAUAAUGAACCGAAGGAGCCCGAAUGGCCACUAGACCCAGCGUUCUGCCGAACAGACUUUGCUCAUAUAAAAGACCUGGCUCGAGAUUCUUGUAAGUAUCACAAGUCUAAGUUAAUGCGAACCAAAACACAUUCUGGCUGUUUAACCCUGCCGGGAACUAUUUCCAGUCGAAGAUUUUUUAUUAAGUGGAUUUUUAUUAUUAAGUGGAGUUGGGAAAGAUGAGUCAUGGAAAUGACUUUAGUUGUUUUUAUACUUUUUACACACAGAUGCUGAGUCUUUUGAUUCAGGAAUGUCGCUUACCAGUCCAAUAGACUUGAGGAACAAUGAGCCGGAAUUUAGGGUAUUUACUCAAUCAUUUGUUCAUUCAUCUAAAUAAUUAAAUAAAAUUUUGGUCGCAUGCGAGUCAUCCUUAAGUUUGCGCAAAGGCUAUUUGUUUAAACUUGAGUCUUGUUUAAAAUUUGCUGUUGUGUUUUCCCUUGUCUUUUACUUCUUGGAAUUCUCCUUUUAAGGAAAUGCUUAAUGCUUGUUUAUCCAGGUUAAUUAUCUUAAUAUUUCUCGAAAUGGAAACUGGCGCCUCUUCCUGAUUGUCCUAAAUAUCUGAUCUCUUCUUUGCAGACAAUGGAUGACCCUGAUCAAGUCUCAGUGUACUAUUGGUCGGUUUGAAGACAAAAUAACCAAGAACUGUUCGAUGAGGCCUUCCCUUUAUCUAUCCACGAAACGCUCUGACUUUGUGAUUAGCUCUCACCUUAAAAGCCAAGUCAGAACUAUAAGGAAAACAACCAGACAGUUAACAAUCAGAAUAUAAACCGAGGUUAAGAAC